AGGUCGGGGGGCUACCCGAGCUCCUCGAGCAGCUCCAGCUCGGCUCCGGUCGCGGCUCCCCUGGCGGCCGCUGGGCGCAGCCAGGGCGCCGCGCGGCUGCUGGCCGACGACGCCGCCCGGCGCCGCGCCGGCAGCCAGGAGGUCUCCGGCGGCGCUCUGGCCGCGGGGGGGAGGUCGGGGUCUGGCGGCACGGACGUCGACAAGGCAUACGACGACAUUGACAAUCUUCUCACGGGCUUGAAGGAGAAGGGCCAGGUCAUCAACAGAACCCUGGAUCAUCACAACGAGAUGUUGCCAGGGAUCACUAAGAAGGUGGAGCGAGACCAGGAACGGCUAAGAAAGCAGCAGGAUACGAGACGAUGAAGAAGCAGUUCCGGUGACGCCCCCGGCGGCGGCAGCGGGGUGGGGCAAGGGGACGGGCAGCCCUCGCCUCCCCUCGGCCCCGACCUUUCCCGCGGGGCCAGCCCGGCCGCCGGUAGCGGCCGACGCCGUCUUUGCGGCCCUUCGCACCCGCGGGCGUCUGCGCCGAUCCCUGGCCAGAGGAUGGGUGCGCGUGGCGGUCAUCGGUACCUUCUCUCGUCUUCCCAGUCGGGGCCCUCGGCCGGGCGCGCUCCCCGCUCUGCCGCCCAGUCACGGCACUCGCGCGGCAAAAGACGCCGCCGCCACUUCCGCCGCCGCCGCCGCCGCC